AUGGACCCAUCCGCGAGAAGGGAUCCGGAGCUGGAGGGUUCCGCGGAGAGCGCGCUGCCGGAGCCUGCGCCUGCUGGGCCUCGUCCGCGUCUUCUUGCGCACCCCUCCGCGAGCGAGCCCGUCCGCCGCUUCGAGCGGGUGCUAACUCUUCCCCAUCGGCCAGCCGCGCGCCCCACCUCGCCGGAGUAUUCGUGGGCGCCUGCACGUGUUGCGUCGAACCGCCCGGACGGUCAGCCGCGGCAGGAGCGCGGGCGCUCGCCUCCACGGCGAGGCGGGAAUGGCCGCCAGCCAGAUCCUGCCCUCAAUCGCGCCGCGAACACGUUCGUGGAGGUGGUGAGGCAGGCCCGGGCGAGUGGGGCGCCGACUCACGUCCACAUUGAGGUGACCAACGGUCCCCCCUUCGCCGCGGACCCCGGCCAGGUUGCUCCUCUGCGCGCGCCGACUCUGCGCGAAUAUCUGCCCGCGCGUGAGGGGAGGGCUCAGUUCCACACCCCUCGUCAGGUCCCCGGCUUCUCCGCGCCGCGCUUAACUGUUGGCCGGACUCCUGGCUGGCCGACGGCGUUUCCGCGUGAAGCGCUGACUGCACCUCCCCCCACUCGCGCGGGGAGAGACCCCAUGCUGACCAUGUGCCGGAUUCUGAAUCUGGCGGAGGCGUGCGAGGUGGUGGCGAACUUGCAGCUGGCGGUGUGUGGGGCCACGCGGAACUUUCCGAGCAGUUACCCCCCUGUUCAGUCCCCUGCUCGCCGCUUCAUCUGGGAGGAGAUGUCGUAUUUGAGCCGCUGGAGGUCCCCCUCUCGCCGCUUCAUAUGGGAGGAGAUGUCGUAUCUGAGCCGCUGGUGGAUGGACGCCACAGAGGAGGAGAGGCAGGGAAUGCGGGCGCUGGUGCAGUCAGGGCAGCUGGAGAUUGUGGGGGGCGGGUGGGUUAUGAACGACGAGGUGAGCUGUGCAGGAGGGGAAGGAGGUGGUUAUGUGAUCUAUUUAAGGAUGAGGAGGGCGCUGGUGCAGUCAGGGCAGCUGGAGAUUGUGGGGGGCGGGUGGGUCAUGAACGACGAGGCCAACUCGCACUACUAUGCCAUAAUUGAACAGGAUAAGAACCAUACUGAAAUUCAUCCUCUCCUCUCUUUCUUCCCCCAUCCCCACACCUGCUCUCCCCCUCCUCCGCCCCAGCUCACAGAGGGCAACACAUGGCUGUAUGACACGCUAGGAGUGACGCCCACCAACAGCUGGGCCAUCGACCCCUUUGGCCAUUCUGCCACCAUGCCAUACCUUUUGAAAAGAUCCGGGUUCGCCAACAUGCUCAUUCAGCGCACGCACUACGAGGUGAAGAAGGCCCUGGCGAGGCAGAAGCACCUCGAAUUCUUCUGGCGCCAGGCAUGGGACCACACAGGGGGUGCCAUGGGCCAGUCAGGGGAUGCGAUGAACGAUGAGCAGUCCGGAGGCACGAUGGGUGAUGACCAAUCAGCGGCAGCAGCAACAGGGGCGGCAGAGGAGGCGGCGGCGGCGGCAGCAGCGGCAGCAGGGGGGUUGGAGGAGGAGGGCAGCACGGAUAUUCUAUGCCACAUGAUGCCUUUUUACUCGUAUGACAUUCCACACACCUGUGGGCCCAACCCAGGUGUGUGCUGCCAGUUUGACUUUCUGCGGCGCACAGGCACGCAGCACUGGUGCCCGUGGGGGCAGGACGCCAUGCCCAUCACCAGGAAGAACAUCGCUCAGCGCGCACAGCUGCUCGUGGACCAGGUGGGAUGGGAUAAGUUGGUAGGACUCCUCUCCAUCCCCAUCACCAGGAACAACAUCGCUCAGCGCGCACAGCUGCUGGUGGAUCAGGACGCCAUGCUCAUCACCAGGAAGAACAUCGCUGAGCGCGCACAGCUGCUCGUGGACCAGUGGCGCAAGAAAUCGCUUCUCUUCCGCACCAACGUGCUCCUGGUCCCUCUGGGGGACGAUUUCCGUUACUCCUCCAUGCUCGAGGCCCAAGCUCAAUUCCAAAACUACGAGCUGCUCUUCGCCUUCAUCAACUCACGAAAGUCGCUCCGAGUCAACGCCAGCUUCGGCACGCUCGACGAGUACUUCACCGCCAUGCGCGCCGCCUCCGCCCGCCAGAGGGUCUCCGUGGAGACUGCAAACCACCAGAAAGCAAACCGGCUCCGUGCCCAGCUGCUGAACCCAGACUUGAAGCUGAACAAGCUGAACGCCAGUGAAGCGACUCAAGAGCCGUCAUUCAACCUACUAGACUCAUCAGAUCAGCACUCACUAGUAGACAGCCAGGAAAACCAGCACCAGGAGGAGAUUCAGCGCCGCCGGCUCUUAGCUAGCAGAGACCCCUACCUAAAACUAGCCGCUUCCACCGACGCUUACCUAAAAGUGGGAACUUCAGCACCCGGUUCUCUCAGCACCACCGGUCAGCUGCGCCCUCUUCUCCCGUCUCUGUCGGGGGAUUUCUUCACGUACGCGGAUCGCGAUCACGACUACUGGAGCGGCUAUUUCUCCUCGCGCCCCUUCUGGAAGGCCGUGGACCGGGCAUUGGAGGCGAACAUGAGGGCCGCUGACAUGCUCUACGCUCUCUGCUGGGCCGACUGGGCAGGACGAGGCGAGCGUUCAGCAGCCAGGGCUGCUCGCAUCACAUCCGCAGAGCUGCCCUUCCCACUCAACUUCGCAGAGCGACUGGUGCUAGCACGGCGCAACCUGGCGCUGUUUCAACACCACGACGGCAUCACAGGCACGGCGAAGCACCACGUGGUGAAGGACUACAGCCUGCGCAUGCACCAGGCACUGACCGACCUCAGUGACUUCAUGUGUGCUGCUGUCGCUGCCCUUCUGCUCAAAGUACCCAAGCCUUCUGCACCAACUGCCACCGCUCUCAACUCCUCCGUUUUCCAGCAGCCGCCACCUCUCGAAGCAGAGCGGUGGCGGUCGGUGCAUGACGGUCCGUGGGAGCGGAGAGUGGUGGGGAGCGGUGUGGAGGGGGAAGAAGGGGCGGGAGCAAGGAGAGUGGUGGUGUUCAAUCCCUUGGAGGAGGAGAGGAGGGAGAUCAUUUCAAUCCUCGUCAAAUCUCCAGCCGUUGCAGUCAUCGGGCAGCACGGAAAAUGUCUCCCCGGGCAGCUGCUGCCCGACUGGUCCAAAGGCAACAUGAGCCUAACCCCGUCCUCCGGCCGGCACCGUCUUUUCUGGGAAGCUUCCAUGCCACCCCUAGGCCUGUCCACCUAUUUCAUAGCGCCCCACGCUGCUGUGCCUGCCUGCCCUGCGCCUGUUCUGUCGACCAUUGAGGUGUUUAAUCCCCCACGGGGGUUUGUGUGUCCCGAGCCAUAUGUGUGUGCCAUGGUGGGGGAAGGGGAGGAGGGCCCUCGAGGAAGGGAGGGGGGUGCUGCUGUUGCUCAUGGUGCUGCUGCUGCUGGUGGUGAUGGUGUUGGUGCUGCUGCUGGUGCUGGUGCUGGCACUGGGGCUGGGGACAAUGAGGACACAUUUUCCAUAUCGAACGGCAACUACCGAGUGCAUUUGGGUCGCAUGGACGGGCUAAUAAAGGGGAUACAGUCAGCAAGCAGUUCACGCUCUAUGCCGGCUCAGGGGGGAGCCUAUCUCUUAUUUCCUUCGUCCGUCCUCUUCCCUCACCUCGCCCCUCUCCAUGCCCUCUCAGCCUUUCCAUCGUGCCCCCAUUCCCCCCACCUCUCCCACAUUCCUGCCCCUCUGCCAGUCAGCUAG